GAGAGUAAAAAACUUCGUGUUUUUUUUGUGGGUAAAUCAAUAUUUUUUACUGACAAAUUGUGUCUUGACAUUAUAAAGUAAUGUAUAAAAAACGCCUGUCACAUAUGUGUCACUGUGUUCUUUGAAUAUAACGCAUUAAACAUUAUCAUUCGAUUUUGUAACAAAACUGGGUGAAAAACGGACUAAAAGAUUACAAAUUACCUAAAGUAUUAAUAAAGGAUUCGCAGUUAAAAUGCCACUCAGUGCUGCUGAAAAGAUGAAGAGAAGAAGGGAGAAGUUAAAGGAAAACGGUCAAUAUGAAGAAUAUAAAAAAAAAGUAAACGAGGCUGGGCGUAAAACAAGACAAAAGAAGAAGGAGAAAUUCGAACGUUUACCGCCAUCAAAAAAAGCAAAAGUAAUUAAAGAAAAUCGAAAGAAAAUCAAAGAAAGGGUGGCAAAACAUCGACUUUUAAAAAAACAGAUUAAUCAGCAGACUCUGAAUGACACUUCUAUCCGUUUUACCCCACAAUCGCUUGGAAAAGCCGUAGCUCGUGCCCGUAAGGUAUUACCUACUUGUCCCAUGAAAAAACGAUUGGUGCUUGAAAAACUUUUGGCUGAGUGCCCAAAGGAAAACGCCGAACUUUCACGUGGUGCAUAUGGACUGGACGGAAAAAUAAUAAAUGAUAUACAUACAUUUUACCAACGCGAGGACAUAAGCCGCCAAGCUCCUGGGUUAAAAGACUAUAUCACAGUUGGAAAUGAAAGAGGAGAAAAAGAAAAAAUACAGAUCCGUCAUUUGUAUUCCUCAGUGAGUGAAACCUAUGGUCUAUUUGUGGAAGAGUUUGGCAACAUUGUAGGACGUAGCAAGUUUGCUGAGCUUCGACCAAAACAUGUUUACCUGUCUAAUAAAUUGCCACAUAAUGUUUGUCUAUGCAAAUACCAUGAAAAUUUCUCUCUGGCAGUUAAUUCAUUGCAUCACGUGAUAGGAAGUCCAUACUACGAUCAUAAUUUUUUAAAUGGCUUCAUUUGCACAGUUCCAACAAGAGCAUGCUGGUUGAAAGACUGUAACAAUUGCAAGGAAAUGCUUAAAAUUAAACUUAACGAGUAUUUGGAAUGUUGCGAAAACGUGGGUCCUGAGGUCGAAACUAGCUGGUUUGUAUGGGCAAACCACAACGGCAAACUUAGUAAAAUUCAGGUAAUGGGCACAGUAAAUGAAUUGAUCCAGCACAUAGUCGAAAUGGGUCCUAAGUUUUUUGAACAUGCUUACAUCAAACGGAAUCAGGCGUCCUCCUACCAUAAUCACAAAACUGAAAUUUCUAACACAACUGAUUUUGAGAAAGUGCUGAUUCAGGUGGACUAUUCUGAAAAUUACACGUGCGUAGCUCAGGAUGAAGUGCAGAGUUUUCACUGGGUGCAGCCUCAAGUUACUUUGUUUACAGUAUCUUUAUGGAUGACAGGUAAACAACAUCCAAUUGUUCUUGUGUCUGAUGAUCGUCAUCAUAAUAAAAAGACAGCAAUGGUUUACAUCGACCGAAUACUAGACGAUUUACCAACAGACGUCAAGGAAGUGCAGUUGUGGUCGGACGGCCCAGCUUCCCAGUUUAAAAACAAAUUUGUUAUCGAAUGUAUUCAACAGCUGGAAAAAAAGCACAACCUUCACCUGAUUUGGAACUACUUUGCCACCUCGCAUGGUAAAGGCCCGGUUGAUGGAAUCGGAGGAGCAUUAAAAAGGCUUGUACGUGGAAAGGUCUUGAAAAGGAAAGCAAAUGUAUUAAAUGCUGAGCAGUUUGCUUCAGCUGCUAAAGACUCGGCGGUAAAAGUGGCAGUAGUUCCAACGGAGGAAAUUGAAGCAAGAGCAGAACUUCUGAAACUAGAAGAAUGCUUUUCAAAGGCUCCAGCUAUUCCAGGAGUGUCGAAGUGUCACAAAGUGUUCUGGAAGGAUAAUAAACUCCAAAAGAGUCUUAUAACCAAUAAUAUCGAAGAAUAAAACGAUAAAAAUAUUACGGAGGAGAAGUACGAGAACAAUCGUCUAUUUUUUUUUAAUUUUCAUUAUGUUUAAGUUAGUACCUAUGCGUACUUAAAUAGUAUAAUUAGAAGUAACAAAAGUUACUAUUUCUAGGUAACGCAAGUUACCAUACUAAAAUAUUUUUAAAAUUUUUGCUUGUAAUGUUUAUUAUUAUUUCUUACCACAUUAAAAUACUUUGAUUACUGACUUAACAGUUUUCAUUGAAACAAAACCUAAUUGAUCGUAAAUAUCAGAGAAAUAUUCAAUUACAGUAAGGUCUCAAAACGAUGUGUCCAUUUCGUGUAACACGAGUUACCACUACAUUUUAGUGUGAACUUAUGUGAGACUAUUGUUUGGUUUUUGCUGAUGUUAAAUUAAACAAAAAGGGCGGUCCGAUGUUGUAUUUAAACGUACAAAAAAGAAUUCGGAUUGUUUAUUAAUGUACUCAAAAAAUACAUUUGUUUUGCAAUGAAAAGUUCUAAUUGUAACGUAAGUUAUCAUGG